GUGAUCAUGGUUGUAUAUUGUAUCUUUUUAUUUUCUGUCGCUUCUCAGAGCCAAAUCCUGUAUCAUAUCUUCAACCAUGUCUCUUAUCGUCGAGCAAACUAUUCCAUACAGCCCCUCGCAACUCAAACUUGAUGAUCCUAAACGAUGGAGUCGCCUGUUUCCUCUCAUGCGACCUUCCACCAAAGUUGUUGAGACAGCUAGUGGACAAGCUGUUGUCAUUGAUACUGCUCUUGCCAAAAGUCGAGAUGUCUUGAUUGCUGCUGUUGGAAAUCUUGGUAACCUCUCGAGUAAGAUCUUGAACGAGUCUCAUCUGGCGGCUUUCACAGUAGAGCUGAGCGAAAAAGCUGUAUCGACACAAGAAUUGGUAAAGGUUUUGAAAGAUAGCGGAUUCCCGGUGGAGAAUGGAGUCCUUGUGAUUAGGACUGGAACGAAGCAGGACUUGAAAUCUGCUUCGGGGGUUGCAGAACAUAUUGUUGAAGGAGAACUGAAAUUCGAUCAUGCUUUGUCUUUGCUGCUCGCUGCCAAACCUGAAGUGAAAGCGUCUUUUGAGGAAACGCAAGAACUUCUGGGACUUUUUGUCAAGGCGACUGCAAAAAGUACAUCCAAGUUCCAUGAGCAGAAGACCGGAGACGCACCUUCUGUUACCCAUGGAGAUGGCGUGGUAGCUUUCAAAUCGGCCAAGUCAUCAAUCGACAAAGAUUUGAGUGCUCUUCUUGCAUCCACUACUUCAACUGGGACCGGAAAUGUGUACUCAGUUCACUAUUCUGAUAUCAACGGGCUUUCUCGUUUAGAAAACAAUAUUCUGGCUCACGAGAUCUCGAAAUUUCUGGCGAACAAGAAAAUAGAAUAUUAUAUUACCCAGUCCACAAUUGUCAACAAGCAGUCACCAGCUAGAGGAUGGUCUAUAUCACUCUGCGCGGUUCCAUCCAAAUUUCUGGCGCCACAAGUCAAAGCAACAAAUGCUUUGGCCAAUAGCAGUGGUUCUGCAUUGACAAAGCCAAGGGAAUUUACAUCCAAGCUCACAUUCUCGGACCCUCAAGUACGCAAAGUUAUCACUGCAGGAUGCGAGCGUGUCAUCAAAGAAGAACCGACAAUCACAGAGUACGACACAAUCGUCGGCGAUGGAGAUUGUGGAUACACGUUGCGAGACGGCGCAAAGCAGGUAUUGUCAUAUAUCAGCAAAGCAGAUCUCUCCAAACUGCCAUCGACUCUGAGCGAUCUCGUCGACGAUCUUGAAGUCAACAUGGGCGGCACAUCUGGUGCCCUGUACUGCAUUUUCCUCUCAUCACUAGCUCAAAGCCUUCAAGAAUCGUCAAACUUUGCCGAAGCAUUAGAUGGUGCUCUCCAGUCUCUUCUGAAAUAUACGCGAGCGAGAUUGGGAGACAGGACGUGUCUGGAUUGUCUUAUUCCAUUUGUGGAGACAUUGACGAAGACUGGUGAUUCGAAGAAGGCUUUGGUAGAUGCGGAGAAAGGAGUGGAUAUUACGAAGAACUUGGAGGCUAAGCUGGGGAGGUCGAGCUAUCUGGAUGAGUCUACUACUAGGGGAGUGCCUGAUCCUGGUGCGUAUGGGCUUCUGAUGUUGUUGGAGGGAAUGGUUGGUGCGCUGUAAGUUGAGUUCCUGGAACCUAGUCGAUGCAAUAUUUUUGUAAUGCCGACUUCUUGGGCUGAAGACAUCUCGUCAUCCAAAGACUGGAGCCGAAUACUGAAUAGUGUACAUGGAUUAAAGGUAGUCGUAAUAAACUUCUUUCUCAAGUACAAAAGAUUGGCCCAGCUGUUUGCCUUUGCUAAAUAGGUAGCUAGCACGGGAAAAUUGAAUGGUAGGAAGAGAGGGAAAUAAAUCCUGGAAAGAGGGGGCUAGUAGCGAAAAGAGUCUCGAAGAGAAAAAAAAAACAGACGAACAAGGUACCUCCGAUCAGAUAACUCUCGAACAAAGAAGCUGGGCCGACUGAGAAGAAGAG